CUGUGGGCAGAGAAUAGGAUUCAACAUGGCGCAGCAGCUUCACGUCUAUCUCUUCGGAGACCAGACGUUUGAGGUCUCUACUAAACUUCCGCCACUCCUUCAUUCUAAGUCCUCGCCACUACUGGAGGCGUUCUUCGAGCAGGCGUACCAGGGGCUUCGAUCUGAAAUUACUCAGCUGCCCGCUCGAGAGAGAGAUACCUACCCUCGCUUCUCGAGCAUCGCAGAGCUUCUAUCGUGGAGGAAUCGACAGGAGAAGCUCCACCAGCCCAUCGAGACGAUCUUGACCUGUAUCUACCAAUUGGCCCAGUUCAUCAGUGAGCAUGACGGGUUCGGACGGACCUAUCCCUCCCCAACGGAGACAUGCAUGUCCGGUCUAUGCACCGGUGCCCUGGCUGCAGCUGCAGUCAGUUGCUGCAAGACCGUUUCGGAGCUUAUUCCAGUUGCCGUGCAGACUGUUAUCGUCGCACUUCGCACUGGACAGUGCGCGUUGAACGCCGCCAAUGCUGUCGACCAGUCCGAGGGAAAUUGGUCGACAGUUCUGACUGGCCUUUCGCAACAGGAGGUCUCAGACCGGCUGCAGGAAUUUUCCAACUCGCACCGCCUUCCCAUCACUUCCCAGCCCUAUGUCAGCGCCUACGCCGAGAAUUGGGUGACAAUCAGCGGACCGCCGCGCGUGCUCGGUCUUCUCCGUCACUCGGAGAACUUUGCGAAGGUUCAUCCACGCCAAAUUUCCGUUUUUGCGCCAUACCAUGCCCCGCAUUUGUUCACGAAAGUGGAUAUUGAGGGUAUCUUGUCGACGACGCCUGAAGGUGUCUGGGGCCGUUAUGGUGCGGCUCUACCAGUCGUGUCGAGCACCACCGGCAAACUUGUCGAAGGGGAUAACCUUCGACGUCGCUUGGAGGCGGCGCUGGUUCAGAUCCUCCUGGAGCCUGUCCAAUGGAACCAGCUCACGCAGGGGGUAGCCUCCGUCGUCUCUUCGAGUGGUGCAUCCCAGUUCACGACCAGCCCAGUUGGCACGAAUGCUGACGCUGCCCUCGGAGCUGCCCUCAACUCCACGGCGGGAUUGUCCAAUGGGAUCGUCCCGGAGAGGGUUCCUCAGACGACUGACGUCGAGAGUGAUACCAGUAAGCCCGCCGGUUCGACGGGACGCUCCAAGAUCGCCAUUGUUGGCAUGUCGGGCCGCUACCCCAGCGCCGACAACAACGAAGAAUUCUGGGAUCUGAUCUUCCGAGGACUGGACGUGCAUAAAGUCGUCCCCGACCUUCACUGGAGCGCAAAGACACACGUGGAUCCAACGGGCAAGAAGAAGAACACAAGUGCGACGCCGUACGGCUGCUGGCUGGAAACCCCUGCCGCGUUCGAUGCCCAGUUCUUCAACAUGUCUCCCCGCGAAGCACCACAGGUGGACCCGGCGCAAAGGAUCGCCUUGAUGACGGCUUAUGAAGCCCUCGAGCAAGCUGGCAUUGUCGCCGACGCCACGUCAUCGACUCGCAAGGAUCGCGUGGGUGUCUUCUACGGCGUGACCAGUAACGAUUGGAUGGAGACCAAUAGCUCGCAGAACAUCGACACCUACUUCAUCCCGGGCGGCAAUCGUGCAUUCAUCCCCGGCCGUCUCAACUACUUCUUCAAGUUCAGCGGUCCCAGUUACAGUGUGGACACGGCCUGUUCGUCGAGCUUAGCGUCUCUCCAUGUGGCCUGCAACUCCUUGUGGCGAGGCGAUAUUGAUACCGCAAUCACCGGUGGAACCAACGUGUUGACAAACCCGGAUUUCACGGCCGGUCUGGAUCGAGGACACUUUCUGUCCCGGACGGGCAACUGCAAGACCUUCGAUGAUGGCGCCGACGGAUACUGUCGCGGCGAAGGAGUUGGCACCGUCAUCCUGAAGCGCCUCGAGGAUGCAGUGGUUGAUAAGGACCCAAUCCAUGGCGUUAUUCUCGGAACGUACACGAACCAUUCAGCGGAGGCAGAAUCCAUCACGCGUCCCCAUGUCGGAGCUCAGCGAGACAUCUUCCAAAAGAUCUUGAGCAGCUGCGGCGUUGACCGGAACAGCGUCAGCUAUGUGGAGAUGCAUGGGACCGGUACCCAGGCGGGCGAUGCGAGAGAGAUGUCGUCUGUCCUGGAUACCUUCGCUCCCACGAAUACUCGACACCAACGGCAACCCACCCAGGCCCUUCAUAUCGGCUCCGUGAAAGCCAACAUCGGGCAUGGCGAGGCGGCCUCUGGCGUGAGCGCCCUCACCAAGGUUCUGCUCAUGAUGCGGAACAACACCCUCCCUCCGCACUGCGGCAUCAAAACGAAGAUCAAUUCCCGGUUCCCGCCAGACCUGGAGUCGAGAAACGUGCACAUUGCAAAGGAGCCGAUUCCGUGGAGACGCGCGGGUAACGAGCCGCGCAGGGCAUUCGUGAACAACUUCAGCGCCGCGGGAGGCAACUCGGCCGUGCUGCUUGAAGACAAGCCUGACGAAGUCGAAAUCGAGGGCACCGAUCCCCGGACAACCCAUCUGGUUGCCGUUUCCGCCAGGUCUGCAGCUUCCAUGGCGGCGAACCUGAAGUCGCUGAUGGCGUAUAUUCAAGGGCAGCGUGAUCAUGAUAAGCCACUAUUCCUGCCCCAGCUGUCGUACACCACGACCGCUAGGCGCAUGCACCAUCUCCAUCGAGUGAUGCUUGCCGGGUCAACCACCGAGGAAAUCAAGCGUCAUCUGGAAGCAGCAAUCUCCCGCGGCGAUGGCGCGACGAGACCCAAGGCGCCACCGAAACUGACCUUUGCCUUUACAGGCCAGGGAGCGCAAUAUGUUGGGAUGGCCCGAACGCUCUACCGAAGCUUCCGCCAGUUCCAGGAUGAUAUCACCCGCUUUGACGAGCUGAGUAAAGCCUUGGGCUUUUCAAGCUUCAAGGACAUCAUCGUGGAUGAUUCGGGCAGGGACAUCCCGGAGUUCUCCCCAGUAGCGGUGCAAUUGGCCACCGUCUGCAUCCAGAUGGCAUUGUCCAGGCUGUUGAUAUCGUGGAAUGUCAUGCCGGACAUGGUUGUCGGCCAGAGCCUUGGGGAGUACGCCGCCCUCAACGUUGCCGGGGUUCUCUCCGACGCAGACACGAUUUUCCUGGUGGGUAGGCGCGCGCAGCUACUGGAAGAGCGAUGCACCGUUGGCACACACAGCAUGCUGGUUGUCAAGGCCGGCCGGUCGGAGAUUCAAACUGCUCUUGCUGGCGCACACCAUGAGAUUGCAUGCGUCAAUUCUCCGGAGGAGACCGUUCUUGCAGGACCAAACGCGCAGGUCGAAGAGCUGCAACAGACAUUGAACAGCAAGGGUUUCAGAUCAAAGACCAUUUGCGUGCCGUUCGCCUAUCACUCUUCUCAAGUUGACCCAAUCCUGUCCGAUUUGGAAGCCGUCGCAGGCGGAGUAACGUUCCACAAACCCACGAUCCCAGUUAUAUCCCCACUCCUGAGCAAGGUGAUUGAGGAUGUUGGCAUCAUUGGACCCGAUUACCUGAGACGCCACUGUCGUCAAACGGUCAAUUUUGCGGAUGCUCUUCGAUCCGCAAAGGAAAAUGGAUCAAUCAAGGACGGGUCCUUCGUGCUCGAGAUCGGACCACAUUCGGUGGUCACCGGAAUGGUGAAAGGGACCCUCGGGCCUGCGGUGACCGCCGUGGCAACACUCCAGCGCAACAGAGAUGAGUGGAAAACGUUGACCGAUAUGCUCUCGUCUCUGUAUUGUGCUGGCAUUGAUCUUCGCUGGCACGAAUAUCACCGCGACUUUGCGGCGGCUCACAAAGUCUUGGAGCUGCCCGCCUACAAAUGGAACCUCAAGGAUUACUGGAUUCAAUACAGCAACGACUGGUCCUUGCGCAAGGGUGACACGCCUCUCGUCGCCCUAUCGGUUGCACCCCUCGAAUCUACGACAAUCCACAAGGUGGUGGAGGAGAGCAAGGAUGCUAUCACCGUGGAGUCCGACAUGGCACGGGCUGAUUUCAAUCCUCUGGUGCAAGGCCACGAGGUAGAUGGGGUUCCGCUGUGUACACCGUCUGUCUACGCCGAUAUCGCGCUUACCGUUGGCAAAUAUGUGCUCGACCGCUACCAUCCUGAGAUGGCAGACCGCCUGGUUGAUGUCUCGAACAUGACCGUCAUGAAGGCCCUCAUUGCAAAGCCGCAGGGCCCCCAACUACUGCGCACAUUUGUGACGGUGGACUGGGCAGCUAAGAAAGCAAAGGCGCGGUUCUGCUCUUAUGACAAAAAGGGCCAGCCCACUGUGGAGCAUUCCAACUGCGAGAUCCACUUCACCGAUAGAGCUCGACAGGAGCAGCUCGAACAAACGGCUCCCGAGAAACAGGCACGGAUGGUGAGUAUGCGCAAGGAGCUGGAGAACGGCCCGACACAGCGGUUCAACCGAGCCAUGGUGUACAAGAUGAUCAGCCCACUCGCUCAGUUCCACAGCGACUAUCGGCCUCUUGAUGAGGUUAUCAUGGAUAGCGACACUUACGAGGUCACCAGUCGGGUGACCUUCAAGGGUGUUGAAGCCCAGGGCACGUUCCACACCCACCCAGCGUUCCUGGACGGUCUCACCCAAGCUGGCGGUUUUGUCAUGAACUGCAACGACAAGAAUGAUCUCGAUGCGGAGGUCUUCGUCAAUCAUGGAUGGGAGUCCUUGCAGGUCUAUGAGCCGCUCAGUAAGGAACAGACUUAUUGGACCUUCUGUCAAAUGUCCGAGAGGGAUUCAAGAAAGUAUCAAGGGGAUGUGACAGUAUUCGAUGAAAGCGGAAAGGUUGUCGCCAGCUACAACGGCAUUGUGUUCCAAGGCGUUCCACGAAGGGUCCUCCGCUUCUUCUUGACCGUCGACGGGGUCAAACCACCUCGGGGUCAGCCGCAACCGAAGGCAAACGCAGCACCAGCAUCCAAGCCUUCCAUGCCCUCGGCCCCUGCUGUCAGCCCCAAGACUACAGCAGUCAAUGUCCCGGCCCCUGCCACCAAGUCAAAACCUUCGCUUGCUGAACCGGCUAUGAAGAUCAUCUCCGAAGAAAGCGGUGUCUCCAUGAGUGAUCUAACAGACGACGCCGUCUUCGCUGACAUUGGGAUCGAUUCCCUUCUCGCCUUGGUCAUCAAUAGCCGGUUCCGUGAGGAGCUCAACCUGGACCUCGAGUUUGAUGAUAUCUUUACCAGGUACACGUGCGUGAAGGAACUGAAGGGCUUCCUCGGACAAUACGGCGGGUCGGAAGAUCCAGCCCCUUCAGACAGCCUAUUUGAGGAGCCUCGUGCCGUCAGGGAUGCGAUGCCCGAGAUCCCUCAGCAAGCACCUGCGCUUUCCGCCACGGAGAACGUCGCCACCAGCCUGUACGACAGCGCAGCCUUUGAUGCCGCCCUCGGUAUCAUCUCUGAAGAAAGCGGUUUGGCCCUCUCGGACUUGACGGAUGACUGCGUAUUUGCCGACAUUGGCAUUGACUCGCUUUUGUCCCUUGUCAUCGUCAGCCGCUUCCGUGAGGAGCUGGAGCUCGAUAUGGAAAUGGACUCCAUUCAUACCGAGUAUCCGACGGUCAAAGAUUUGAAGGCAUUGUUCAAGUCGGGACGCUCUGGGUCUGAAUCUGAAUCUGAAUCCACAUGCCCCACUCCAUCCGUCCAACUUGAUCGUUCGGAUCCAGAGAACUCUGGAACUCCCUCGUCGGCAACCUCUCAGGACUCGGACUCCGAGCCAGAUGCCGCUCCCCUGAAGAAGGAGCACGCUCCUGUGCCGGCAGCCACCUCCGUGCUGUUGCAGGGAAUCCCCAAGUUCGCCGAAAAGGUCCUGUUUCUUUUCCCCGACGGCGCUGGUUCGGCCACGUCAUACUCUGGAAUCCCCCGGCUGGGGUCGAAGGUGGCGGUGAUCGGCCUGAACUCUCCGUACUACAAGAUCCCAGAGCUCUUCAAGUGCACCUUGGACGGCCUUAUCGACAGCUACAUCAACGAGGUCCGCCGCCGCCAACCCACCGGGCCGUACCACCUCGGUGGCUGGUCCGCGGGUGGCAUCCUCGCGUAUCGCGCCGCGCAGAAGCUCAUCAACGCCGGAGAAACGGUGCAAAGUCUCCUGCUGAUCGACUCCCCCGUGCCCAAGGGGCUUGACCGGCUUCCGCAGCAUUUCUACGACUACUGCAACAAGCUGCAGCUGUUUGGUCAGCCGACCACGCCAGGGUCUGGAGGCGCCGCCGCCAAACCUCCGGCAUGGCUGGUGCCCCAUUUCAACGCCACGAUCGACACGCUGCACGAGUACUUCGCCACGCCGCUUCCGGAGGGUAAGACGCCGCGCACAUCGAUCAUCUGGGCGUCCGAGAGUGUCAUGGACGGUAAGAAAAUCCCCAAGAUGCCUCCGCAUCCGGACGACACCGAAGGCAUGAAGUUCUUGACGGAGGCCCGCACCGACUUUGGUGCCAACGGAUGGGAGGCGUUGUUUCCCGGUGGCACGAUCAACUUGGAUCGAACGGACGGGACGAAUCAUUUCGAGAUGAUGAGAGGAGAACACGGGGCGAAGUUGGCGGAGUUCAUCGGCCAGGCUCUGGCAUGAGAGAAACAGACCAUGUUGGAAACGUUCAUGCGGAAGAAUCAACCCUAUCUUGCCC